UUCCGGGUUUAUCUUUUUCUUUAUGCAAGGGGUGGAAAGGCUCCUUUUAAAACGUGGCUAUGCUAAAGUAGAAAACAGAAACUGCUGUAGCCCUCUAGCGUAACAUAGAUUGAUUUCAGACCAACGAACAGUGCAUAUCUGAACUAACACCAGUGGCAAGUUAUAUGCCUACUUCAGGCAUUGGAAUAUCGUGUCAAAAAUAGCUGUGAAGGUUUGUUCAAUGUCAUGUCCUGCAGCAGCAAGCCACAGUUGGUGGCAGUAAGGUGAUAGCCUGUGCUAUUUUCCUAAUAUUUGGUGAAAGAACCGCAUUGCUUUUAGAGAACCGGUCCAUUUCCCUACAGUUAACUUGCUGCCGCUUGUCUCGAAUCAGAACCGAGCUGCACUGCGUACACGGUGUUCUUGCAGAGUUCACAUAACAUUACUGCAUGGUAGCCUAAUCGUGUGAUUGAACCUCACUCCACUGUGCGUGACAAAAGUCCUUCCUUUCUCUCUUGCAGUGACCUUAACUCAGGAUGCACCCAGAUCUGUCUCCUCAUUUGCACACUGAUGAGUGCAAUGAGUUAAUCACUCAGCUCAAGCAGUGUCACCAAGAGCACAAUGUCCUUCGCUUCUUUGGAACUUGCAAUGACCUGGAUCGUGCAAUGCGGAAUUGCCUUAAAAAAGAGUACCAGGCCAGGAGAGACCGGAGCAAAGCGCACGCUGCAGAGAUGGCGGAGAAGAUCAAGGUUGGCCCAAAGGACAAGGACUGGUGAGGAGGAGCAACGGGGCCAGUCAACGUGCUCAGUCCAUCUGUGUGGUACUAUUCACGACAGCAAGGAGUGUGACCAUCAGAGCCUUAUGAAGAGACUUCCAUUCACAGAGCUCAUGGAACCUUGGUUGCUGGACUGACAUUGUUUUUGGCUCGAGAGCAAGGCUCUGUGGAGUUCUCUAUUAGACAGGAGCUCUUGGGAGGCAAAAGGACAUUUUGAAUGUGUCGGUCGAGAGUUCCCUUGUCAAUGCCUAUACUUGACAAAAGUAUGACACAUCGAAAGCUGUUCAAAUCUAUUCACAUUGGAAGCUGUUCAAACUGAAAUCAAUAGGGGAGUAUUGCUCAGUGUCAGAUGCAAUCUGAUGACUUUUGGCCCUUCAGUGCUAAUAAAAUAAAUACAUUUUUGAUA